GAGCAAGGCGAGCGGCAGAAGCGUGACUGAAGGGGGACGAAAGAAGAAAUAACUCCUUACCGACGGAGUGUAUCACGGUGGAGAGACUAUGAACAUGCAAGUAGUUAGCUAGAACGGCUUCUUCAAAAGGAAGGAGGAACUUAAGUCUUCAGAAGAUAUUUGCUCCUUAUUCAAGGAAUUAUAUUAACGACAAUUUUGUUAACCCAGGAUUAUUCUACCGCGUGGUGCACUCUUACUAGCUAAAGAAGAGGAUUCCUUAGCUCCGUUCUAUCCUGAUUUACUUGGAAGGUUGGUUGGCUUCUCGACGUUUUGAAAAGUGGAUUUUUACCUUACCAACUGCGGAAGGGGGUGACCGAACGAAGUUGUUUCGGGGCGAGCAGAGAAACAGUCUCCAGGCCCCCCCUCAACACCUCAACACCUCAACACCAUACAGCUGCAGAGGCCAAGCCCCCUCAAGGCCUCUUUUGGACAGCCAUGUUUUGAGUGACUUGUUGUUUUUCCAGUCGCGUUGAAUCUCCUCUGUUUUCAGGUUUCUGUGUCUUCGUUGAGAGGAGCGAGGAGGAGUCGCUUUGUGUCUUCGUUGAGAGGAGCGAGGAGGAGUCGCUUUGUGUCUUCGUUGAGAGGAGCGAGGAGGAGUCGCUUUGUGUCUUCGUUGAGAGGAGCGAGGAGGAGUCGCUUUGUGUCUUCGUUGAGAGGAGCGAGGAGGAGUCGCUUUGUGUCUUCGUUGAGAGGAGCGAGGAGGAGUCGCUUUGUGUCUUCGUUGAGAGGAGCGAGGAGGAGUCGCUUUGUGUCUUCGUUGAGGGGAGCGAGGAGGAGUCGCUGUGCCAACCUGGACCAUCAUGGUGCCUAACAUUCACCCUGCAGUUCCCCUCCUGCCCAGAGGGGCGGUGCCAUCCCUCCUGCUGCUACUCAGUUGCCUGGUGCUCUCCUCUCAGGCUGACAGCUUACCAAGUUUCGUCAAGUCUCCUGAGGACCAGACGGGUAUAUCGGGUGGUGUAGCAUCCUUCGUGUGCCAGGCCACAGGAGAGCCCAAACCCAGGAUCACUUGGAUGAAGAAGGGCAAGAAAGUCAGCUCCCAGCGCUUUGAGGUGAUUGACUUUGAUGAUGGUUGUGGGUCUGUGCUGAGGAUCCAGCCGCUGAGGACACACAGAGACGAGGCCAUAUACGAGUGUACUGCCGCCAACAGUGGUGGCGAGAUCAACACUAGUGCCAAACUCACCGUGCUAGAAGAGAACCAGAUCCCGCAUGGGUUCCCCAACAUAGACAUGGGUCCCCAGCUGAAGGUGGUAGAGAAGACCAGGACGGCCACCAUGCUGUGUGCUGCCAGCGGCAACCCUGACCCAGAGAUCACCUGGUUUAAAGACUUCCUGCCUGUAGACAUCAACAGCAGCAACGGACGAAUCAAACAACUCCGCUCAGGAGCCCUACAGAUUGAGAACAGUGAGGAGUCCGACCAGGGGAAGUAUGAGUGUGUCGCCAUGAACAGUGCUGGAACGCGCUACGCCGCCCCAGCCAACCUCUACGUGCGAGUACGUCGUGUCCCUCCGCGGUUCUCCAUCCCACCCACCAACCAUGAGGUGAUGCCUGGGGGCAGUGUGAACCUGACGUGUGUUGCUGUGGGAUCUCCCAUGCCCUAUGUCAAGUGGAUCAUGGGAGAAAUCGAACUCACCAAGGAGGAUGAGAUGCCCAUCGGUCGGAAUGUUCUGGAGGUGACCAACGUCAAGGAGUCAGCCAACUACAGCUGCGUGGCCAUAUCAUCACUGGGCAUGAUCGAGGCUACCGCUCAGGUCUCGGUCAAAGCCCUCCCCAAGCCCCCCACCUCUCUCAUAGUGACUGAGACCACAGCCACCAGUGUGACCCUGAUCUGGGACUCUGGGAACCCUGAGCCUGUGUCCUUCUUCAUGAUCCAGUACCGGGCUAAAGCCACCGACGCAGGCUUCCAGGAGGUGGACGGAGUAGCUACCACUCGUUACAGCAUCGGCGGGCUCAGCCCCUACUCGGAAUACGAGUUCCGUGUGAUGGCGGUGAACAACAUUGGGCGCGGGCCGCCCUCUGACCCGGUAGAGACCCGUACGGGGGAACGGGCUCCCUCUUCACCCCCUCUGGCUGUCCAGGUCCGCAUGCUGUCUGCUUCCACCAUGCUGGUCCAAUGGGAACCGCCCGAGGAACCUAACGGACAGAUCAGAGGGUACCGUGUGUACUACAGUUCAGACAUGAACGACCCUCUGAGUGGCUGGCAGAAACACAACACUGAUGACAGCAGACUGACCACCAUCUCAGGUCUGACCACUGAUAUCACCUACAGCCUCAGGGUGCUGGGGUUCACCUCUGUAGGGGACGGACCCCCCUCGGACGUACUGCAGGUCAAGACUCAGCAGGGAGUUCCUGCCCAACCAUCCAGCUUCGAGGCAGAAGCAGAGUUGGAGACACGUAUCAUGUUGACCUGGCUGUGGCCUGUCCAGGACACCAUCACUAAGUACGAGCUGCAGUACUGGGAGGCUAACUCUGAUAACAAGAUCCACGUGACUUUUAAUCCUGCGGGGUCAUACGCCGUGGAGGGUCUGAAGCCCGACACCCUGUACCUUUUCUCCCUGGCAGCCCGCUCCGAGUUCGGCCUGGGAGUCUACACACAGCCCAUAGAGGAGCGCACCGCCCAGUCCACCCCCUCCGCCCCCCCUCAGGAGGUGCACCUGUCCAGUCUAAGCUCCACCUCCCUCAAGGUGAGUUGGGUGGCCCCGCCCGCUGCGUCCCGCCACGGCGCCAUCGUGGCGUACACCGUCAGCUACCAGUCCACCGGCAGCGCCAGCGAGGACCCCGAGCGCCACGAUGUGUCAGGGAUCGGAGCAGACGCCUCUAGUUAUGUGCUGGAGGGCCUGGAGAAGUGGACAGAGUACCAGGUGUGGGUUAGAGCUCACACUGAUGUGGGCCCGGGCCCAGAGAGCGCUCCGGUCAGGAUCAAAACUAAAGAGGACGUGCCAGGUGCCCCUCCCAGGAAGCUGGAGGUAGAAGCUGUGAACUCUACAGCCAUCAGGGUAACGUGGAAGGCCCCUCUGCCAGGGAAGCAGCACGGCCAAAUCAGGGGCUACCAGGUGAUCUUCUCCAGGCUGGAGAACGGAGAGCCCCGCGGUCAGCCCAACAUCAUGGACGUAGCCCUGCCUGAGGCUCAGUGGAAUAUUGAGGAAUCCACAGAGUAUGAGGCCACCAUCACUGGUCUGCACUCCGAGACCUCCUACUCUGUUACCGUGGCAGCCUACACAACCAAGGGAGACGGGGCGCGUAGCAAAGCUAAAGUCAUCACCACCACUGGAGCAGUCCCGGGUCGCCCAACCAUGAUGAUCAGCACUACUAUGGGCAACACCGCCCUGAUCCAGUGGCAGCCUCCUAAAGACAUGGUCGGAGAAUUGAUGGGCUAUCUGCUGCAGUACAGACUCCAAGAGGACACGGCGUACACCUCACGGAAAUUCAAACGGACGGACGACCACUACACCGCAACCGAACUGCACAAGGGCGCCACCUACGUGUUCCGGCUGAGUGCACAAAACCGCGCCGGUUUCGGAGACGCCUAUGUCAAGGAGAUCAGCACCCAGGAAGACGUGCCCAGCGGGUACCCCUUAAACCUCCGUGUGACAGGGUUGACCACGUCGACCACCCAGCUGGCGUGGGAUCCCCCGGAGCUGUCUGAGAGGAACGGGAAGAUACUGCACUAUGUCGUGGUGUACAGAGACAUCAACAGCCACACCAACAGCACCAACAGGACGUUGGGGACACACAUGAUCAUCCAGGGACUGAAACAUGACACCACCUAUGACAUCAGAGUCCAGGCGUUCACCAGCAGAGGAGGGGGACCCAUCAGUCCUAGUAUACAGAGCAGGACUACAUCUACCUCGCCUGCGUUUGCCACAAGCUUCGGCGUCAAAGCCGUCAUGAAGACAUCGGUCCUGCUCACGUGGGAAGUGCCAGAAAACUACAAGUCCCAAGUGCCUUUCAAGAUCCUGUAUAACCAGCAGAGUGUGGAGGUCCAGGGGAACCUGAAAAGGAAGCUGAUCACCAGACUGCAGCCUGAUACAGACUACAGCUUUGUGUUGAUGUCCAGAGGGAACACCGCAGGAGGACUGCAGCAACAGGUGUCCAUCAGAACCGCCCCAGACCUCCUGAAGACUAAACCUGUCCUCUACUCCACUCAGCACAACCACAAAGGGAAGCUCACUAUAGACCUGCCUAAAGUACAGACUACUAGUCAAGUCAGAUGGUACUACAUCGUGGUGGUGCCGGUGUCCCCGUCGUCGUCGCGGCGAUGGGAGAACCCCGACGAGAUGGACCUGGAGGAGCUGUUGGAGUCCGGCGAGGGUCCUGUCCUGCGUCGUAGGCGCCAGGUUGAGCCCACGCGGCCGUACAUCGCUGCCAAGCUGCCCUCUCUGCCCGCUACGUUCACCCUGGGAGAUGAGAAGAGUUACAACGGCUUCUACAACCGCCCCCUACCGGGUCACCAGCACUACCAGGCCUUUGUACUGGCGGCACUGAAGGAGCAAGAGGAGGACAACAGUGACAAACACAGGACGUUCUCAGCCAGUCCGUACUCCGACCCUAUCCAGGUGUCUCCUAACGUGUCCAGGACUGUAGAGCAGCCAGAGAUGUUGUGGGUCCUGGGUCCUGUCCUGGCCGUGGUGCUCAUCAUCGUCAUCGUUAUCGCCAUCCUGCUCUUCAAGAGCAGCAAGCAGGAAAGGAAGCGAGCGUCUCCCCUCCCCAAAGAUGACCACUCAGGAGGGGUGAAGGACUCACUGCUGGGCAGCUCUUCAGACCCUGUAGAGAUGAGACGACUCAACUACCAGACACCAGGUCCCAGUACUCAGCGCUGUCCCAACACUCCAAGAAUGAGAGAGCACCCUCCCAUCACUGUGUGUGAUCUGGCGGACCACAUAGAGAGGCUAAAGGCCAACGAUGGCCUGCGCUUCUCGCAGGAGUACGAGUCCAUAGAUCCUGCCCAGCAGUUCACCUGGGAGAAUUCCAACAUGGAGGUGAACAAACCAAAGAACCGUUAUGCUAAUGUCAUCUCAUAUGACCACUCCAGAGUCGUCCUGACGUCUGUCGAUGCUGUUCCUGGUAGCGACUACAUCAACGCCAACUACAUAGACGGCUACAGGAAACAGAAUGCCUACAUCGCUACGCAGGGCCCGCUUCCCGAGACCCUCAGCGACUUCUGGAGGAUGGUGUGGGAGCAGAGGGCUCACACUAUCGUCAUGAUGACACGACUGGAGGAGAAGUCACGCGUGAAGUGUGACCAGUACUGGCCUGUCAGAGGGACAGAGACCUAUGGUAUGAUACAGGUCAGCAUGUUGGAUACUGUGGAGCUGGCUACCUACAGCGUACGCACCUUCGCCCUCUACAAGAAUGGUUCCAGUGAGAAGCGUGAGAUUCGUCAGUUCCAGUUCAUGGCCUGGCCGGACCAUGGGGUACCAGAGUACCCCACCCCCAUCCUGGCCUUCCUACGACGGGUCAAAGCCUGCAACCCCCCUGACGCUGGGCCCAUGGUGGUACACUGCAGUGCGGGCGUGGGUAGAACAGGCUGCCUGAUCGUGAUCGAGGCCAUGCUGGAGCGUAUGAAGCAUGAGAAGUCAGUGGAUGUCUACGGUCAUGUGACGUGUAUGAGAGCUCAGAGAAACUACAUGGUGCAGACCGAGGACCAAUAUGUCUUUAUCCACGAGGCCCUGCUAGAGGCAGCCACCUGUGGCCUCACUGAGGUCCCCGCACGCAACCUGUACGCGCACAUCCAGAAACUCACCCAGCCGCCCACGGGGGAGACCGUCACCGCCAUGGAGCUGGAGUUCAAGAGACUGGCUAACUCCAAAGCCCACACCUCUAGGUUCAUCAGUGCCAACCUGCCCUGCAAUAAGUUCAAGAACCGGCUGGUGAACAUCAUGCCCUUCGAGUCGACACGUGUGUGUCUGCAGCCUAUCAGAGGAGUGGAAGGGUCUGACUACAUCAACGCCAGCUGCAUCGAUGGAUACAGACAACAGAAAGGGUAUCUGGCCACCCAGGGCCCUCUGGCUGAAACCACUGAAGACUUCUGGAGGAUGCUGUGGGAACACAACUCUACCAUUGUAGUGAUGCUCACCAAACUCAGAGAGAUGGGACGGGAGAAGUGUCAUCAGUACUGGCCAGCGGAGCGCUCAGCCAGGUACCAGUACUUUGUAGUGGACCCCAUGGCCGAGUACAACAUGCCCCAGUACAUCCUCCGAGAGUUCAAAGUCACCGACGCCAGGGAUGGCCAAUCCAGGACGAUCCGCCAAUUCCAGUUCACUGAUUGGCCAGAACAAGGAGUGCCAAAAACCGGGGAAGGAUUCAUCGAUUUUAUUGGCCAAGUGCAUAAAACCAAGGAGCAGUUUGGACAGGACGGACCAAUCACUGUUCACUGCAGUGCCGGGGUGGGCAGGACAGGGGUCUUCAUCACUCUGAGUAUCGUGUUGGAGAGGAUGAGGUACGAAGGGGUGGUUGACCUCUUCCAGACCGUCAAGACGUUACGCACCCAGAGACCUGCCAUGGUGCAGACAGAGGACCAGUAUCAGCUGUGCUACAGAGCAGCGUUGGAGUACCUGGGGAGUUUUGACCACUAUGCAACGUAACCACUCUGAGCUGAGCAGCCUCUGGCAUGGCCACUGAGUGUCCCAUCUCAGCCACCGUACUUGUAUCAACCCAUCUGACCUGACCCUGCCAUUGCUACCCUAUCACAGGGGAGGAGGGAGGUGCCACUGUCACCUAGCGACGGGUUCAACCAAUCCCAGAGGUCUACUACUUGGAUUUACAAAAAAAACACAAAAAAACACAAAAAACACCCUAAAGAUUAAAAAAAACAAAAAAAAAAACAAUACCAUGACGACGACAGCGUUUCAUACGGGAGCAAGCGACAGUUCUGACUGAGUUCUGAGGUUCUGUUCUCCUUUCUUAUUUUAUUAUCAUUAUUAUGAAUAACGUUAUUAUUAUUUACUUAAUCAUUCGUUUUUUUUGUUGUUUUUUUAUAAUUGUUUUAAUACCAUCAGACAUAUAUUUUUGUCUUAAUGGCCUAACUGGGGCGCAGCAUUUUAGUUUUUCCACCAUAAUCAGUAUGUUUAUUUUAGUAAAACAAAUAUUACAAAAAUAAAUGUUGUAUGUUAUUUUAGGGACCUGUAUUUUCUACUUCCUGACGUUAAUACAGGAGAGCCACUGUUUGUUCUCUGAAGCUGCUGACAGUUUUGAUUUUGUAUCAAGAUUUUAUUGUUUAUUAUUAUCUAUUUUUUUAGUCUUAUUCGUUUUAAAACGGAGUAAGAUUAACUAAGAUAAUAUGCCUUUUCACUUUGCUGUUUAUUUUUCAAACGUAGGGGGAAAAAAUGACAAAUGAUUCAAAAGCAUUACAGCAACCGCCGCGAUACAAGUACUAUAUAAACCACACUAGUUAGCGAAAAAACGUGACAUCCACUAACGACAACUAAAUCAGCAUUGUACAGAAACUCAAAGAGCACAUGAUGAUUUCAACAACAGAGAGACAGAAGCCUUGAAGGCCCUGAGGCCUUCGAUAACCAGAGAACGAAUCUGGAGACGAACCGACGAACAGACUUUUGUACCCAACGAGGAGUUGAACUUGAGAAUCAACUCCUGAAUCUCUGUAUGAAUCAUAUUGUGCCCCCUCUUAGCCCCUCCUCUUUCCUUGGUUCCCAGCGAGCUGAUUGGUCAGUCCGCUGCCUGGGGGUUGGAACAUAGGGACUGCUGGAGCAGCGCCCCGUGGUGGUGGAGAGAGGAGUAGCAGCCACUAAUCCUGGCCCCCCUGUACAGAAUACUACGAUUACUACCGGCGGGACAGAGACACAACAAACCCUCUGCACCCUCCAACUGACCUGCUAUUAUUUUAUACAGAAAUAGAAAUGAUAACUAUAUAUAUAAUUAUGAUUGAUUAUAUAUAUGUACAAUUAUACAUAGAUAUAUACUGCAGCUUCAAACUAUAUUGUUAAAAUGAUUCACUCUCUUUGCGUACCGGCAUAGAGGAAAGUAAAGAGAGAGAGUGAGAGAAAGUUAGUGACUGUAUCUACUGGAUUACCAUAGCAACCUGACAGACACACAGAGCUGGGAUCAGUUCCAUUUUUCAAUCCAGUCAUUUUUCAGGGAGUGAUUUCAAUUCACGAAUCGAAAAUUAAUUCAUUUAGUUGUAAUUUGAUUCAUUUAGCUGUAAUCGACUUCAUUGAACCUGGACUUGACCCUUAACCCUUGCGGAAAGAUAGAGAGCAGGUUAUUGUUCUGUUAAAGAGAGUGAGAGAGAGAGGUGUAAAAGUUGUAGUUUUGUUAAAGAGCGAUGAAUAGCAUAACCCUAACUGAGGACCACUCCCCAGCCUCCGUCGGCCAACCGCCAUCACGCCACACAAGCACAUCUUUACCCACAAGGCCGCAGGGCACGACGCUCCCCAAGCCUAACAGGACUGAGUCUGACAUGCUGGCUGGAAUAAACCACAAUGUUCAUUUAUACCUUGUAAAUGCUUAGUGCUGUAGGGGUUUGAUCUGUUGUAUACGCAGUCUGUUUUCUAUUUGUUGAUAAAGAACUGGAAUUUAAAAAAAGAUGUUGCUGGGAAAAAAAUCUUGAAUAAAGUUGAAUAAUUGUUGUUUUUUGGGGGGGAAAAAAUUCCUUUUGUUUGUGAUGUUUUUUGUCUCCCUCUCAUUAAAUAAUGAUUUGCUCUAUUGUUA